AUGACAGCCCAGUCUUCAAAGACAGUUCUGUCCCUGGACUCUGAGGCGGUGUUCUCACUCAAAGAUGGCAUCAACUUUAAGAGGAGCCCAGAUGAUGGCAAGUGCUACAUCAUAUACAAAGAAAAUGGAGAGCUGAAGGCCUGCAAGAACCAAUGCAAACACCAAGGAGGCCUGUUCAUCAAAGACAUAGAGGACUUAGAUGGAAGUUUCUCCUGGCCCAUAGACUACUUUCAGGCUGAGGAACAUUUAACAUCAAGUGACGUUGUGAUGAUGGACGAGGGUGGUCUUCAGCUCGUGGAGGUGAUCGUCUGGGACCCCUGGUUGGCAGACCCCCAGGAUCCACAGGAACUGCAGGAGGGAGAGGUGACUGUGACCUACCUCACCCAUGCAUGCAUGGAGCUCCAGCUAGGGGGGAAGAAGAUGAUAUUCGACCCCUGGCUGACGGGUCCGGCCUUCGCCAGGGGCUGGUGGCUGCUCCACGAGCCCCCUGCUGACUCCAUGGAGAGGCUGUGCAUGGCCGACCUCAUCUACAUCAGCCACAUGCACCCCGACCACCUCAGCUACCCAACCUUGAAAUCCCUCUCUGCGACGAGACCCGAUGUUCCUAUUUAUGUAGGCGACACAUCAAGGCCAGUGUUCUGGAUGCUGGAGAAAAGGCAGGUGCAGCUGACAAAUAUCAACAUUGAUGAGCACCUCAGAUUCAUGAUUCUGAAGGAUGAAGUGCACCCCGAAAUGGACACCUGUAUCAUUGUUGAAUAUAAAGGUCAUAUGAUCCUCAACACGGUGGACUGCACCAGGCCAAACUACGGCCGACUGCCCCACAAUGUAGACCUGAUGAUGAGCGACUUUGCUGGGGGGGCGUCUGGCUUCCCCAUGACCUUCAGUGGAGGAAAAUACACAGAGAGCUGGAAAGUCGAUUUCAUCAAGAAUGAAAGGAAGAAGCUCAUGAACUACAAGGCCCAGCUGGUAAAGUCCUUGCAGCCCAAGAUCUACUGCCCGUUUGCCGGUUACUUUGUGGAAGCACAUCCCUCAGACAGGUACAUUAAGGAAACUAACACCAAAAACAACGCGGAUGAGCUCAAUGCCCUGAUCAAGAAGAGCGCUCCAGGCAUAACAACAUGGACACCAAAGCCAGGCGCUGUGCUCGAUCUGGCCCUGGCUCUGAUGAGCCCCAGCCGGAAAGCCAUCACCGACCCUCCGUCCGGGACAAACAUCUAUAAGGACAGUUGGGACUUUGAUUUGUACGUGGAUGAACUGAACAGGGCCAUCACCGCUGAGAUAUUUAAACAUAAAAGCUGGAUCCAAUUUUAUUACAUCUGGGCAGGGUUUAAAAACUACAAUCUAGUUGUCCGGGUCAUUGAGACAGAUGAGGACUUCAUUCCAAUAGACAAUGGCUACAACUAUCUGGUGGACUUCAUGGAUCUCUCCUUCCCUACUCAGAGGCCUGCUAGAGAGCACCCUUAUGAGGAGAUCAAGACCAGGAUCGGAGUCAUGAGGCACGUGGUGAAGAAUGGCCUUCUUUGGGACGACCUGUAUAUCGGCUUCCAGAACCGUCUGAGCAGAGAGCCAGACGUCUACCACCACCGGUUCUGGAACCACUUCCAGACAGAGUUGCCAGUCGCUGGGCCAGACUGGGACUUGUUCCUGCAGCAGGUGUCAUCAUACCAGAGGUCUGCUGAACCCCAGGGAAUCCAAACAGAAAGUGGCUCUGCUUCUACAUUGUAUUAG